AUGAUGUCAGCAGCACUCCGUUCGAACACAUCAGGAAGUACACAAAAUGGUACAAUACAAUUUGAAGAGAUCGACGAGACAAAGCGUUGGUUCAGUAGAAGGUUCUUUUGCCUGUUCGUGAUCGGCAUCUUACUCGUUUUGGCCACCAUGGCAAUAAUCAUAGUUAUAAUCGUUCUAAUUCUACAACUAAAAGAUGCUGGAACACAAGCACAAGUAAGAAUAGAUGAGUCAAAGCAGCAGUUCGCAAAGUUUGCCGAGUCGAUUCGUACGCCUCUGGAAAAAAUUGGACCAACGUUGGAGAAACUCGGCCUACAACUGCCCAAUUUACCCAAAUCACCAACUGGACUUCCGCCAAUCCAACCAUCAGUUUUCGGACCAACAACGCCAGAUCCUCCCCGGAUGAGCCCAACAGCGCGAUAUGAGUGGAAAGGAUGCGAGAAUCAUGGGAAGUGCAAAAAAACGGACUAUUCAAAAGCUCCGUUGGUUAUUCUAAGUCUUGAUGGAUUUGCACGAGAAUAUUUCGAUCGGAACAUUGUUCAAACCUUGAAUCAUAUUGCAGACUGUGGCGUUAAAGCAGAGAAAGUUUAUCCAUCCUAUCCAUCAAAAACAUUUCCAAACCAUUACAGUAUAGUCACUGGCCUCUAUCCAGAAUCGCAUGGAAUAACGGAUAACAGUGUCUACGAUCCGUCACUUUCUCCAAUAUUGGAGUCAAUGAAAGCCACAAAGUAUGACAAUUUCUUCAAAGGUGAACCGAUUUGGUCGGUUUUCAAACGUGUGGCCGGCGGACGGGCGCAUUGUCUUUUUUGGGUUGGCUGUGCGUACAAUGCAACUGGCUACGCUCCCGAUAUUGCGCCAUCUUACAACCAAGAACUUCCAUUAAGGAACCGCGUAGAUCAAAUAAUCGACUGGCUUCUCCUACCAGAGUCUGAACGUCCUGGACUUAUUACGGCAUAUUUACACGAGCCCGAUAAUGCUGGGCAUUAUCAAAUAGACGAUGAAGAUGUUGACAGAGAACUUGCGGAAAUCGACAAUGAUUUGGAUUACAUGAUGAGCAGGCUUAAUCAAGAAAAUCUCCUUGAAUGUAUCAAUCUUGUCAUUUUAUCAGAUCAUGGUAUGCAGAAACUUCACAAGACAUACUUUUUUGAAGAUUACAUUAAUAUGCAUGGUUUGAUAGGUGCUAAAGGUGUUGUCGGCAGGUUAUACAUACAAGAUCAAAACGUCACUACAAAUGACUUGGUAGAUCAUUUGCGCUGCAAAAUUGACGACGUAAAAGUUUAUACACGUGAUGAUAUUCCGGUUAGAAAGCAUUAUUCGAAGGAUGCUAGGGUCGGCGAUAUUAUAAUGGAAGGUCCACCUGGAACAUCAUUCUUCCCAAGAAAUAAAUCUUACUAUCAGAUUAAUGGAGACCAUGGCUAUGAUUACUUGAAUGAGAAAAUGCAUACAAUAUUCUUUGCAAGAGGACCUUCAUUUAAACAGAAUGUUGAGACCCCUGCGUUUCAAAACGUCGAAUACAUGAAUCUGUGGAUGCAUUUGCUUGGAAUUGAUAAUGCAAUACCAACAAAUGGCACAAACGGCUUUUUUGAUGAUAUUUUAACAAAUCCACCAAUAAAAGCCGUGAUACCACCACAAAUUGGAGAAUGCACCAUAAUUGGAUUGCCAUCUGCAAAAUUGUGCAGCGGAAAGGGGGAUUUGGCUUCUUUGAAUUCUAGACUUGGCACAUGUAGUUUUUCACCUAGGAUUCUUCCGAUUGUGUCUGAAAACCAUUGCUUCCAGAACUAUUGUAUAAAAUCACUGAUAAUUCCAAGAAAUACUGAAGAUAAGUCGAUAGGAAUUUCGGAACUUGUCUCAGUCGAGAAUACUGCAAGUAACGUUGACAAGGAUGUUUUCACUUUUGUCAAUUCAAAGUAUCAAUCGUCUUGUCUAAUAUCGAUAACCAACAAUAUGACUAGUAUUGCAGUUGGGAGAGAUAUGCAAAACAUUGAUAGUUCUUUUGUCAAGUUUCCUGAUAACUUUGUGAACCGAAAAUUUGAACCCUUGCGAUCAAAAACAUUAAAUUAUAUAAAGCAAUACGGAAAAGUUUACGUGAUUUCGGGAACUGCUAAUGACGUCGAUCAUAAUGGAGUUGUUGACGGAAAAGGAAGUUCACCAACACACUUCUACAGAAUUUUAAUAACUUGCACAGGAGGAUGGAUAUCAGAAGAUCCUCCAAAAUGCACCAAAUUUGAGGAAAUGAAAACUCUCUCGUUCAUAAUGCCUAUAAACGAACAAUCGUUUACAGACUGCAUGAAUGAUACUGCAAUACUUUUGGAGUACAGUGCAACGAUAUGGGAUGUCGAACGAAUUGCGGGUUUCGAGUUGAAUUUUCCAGAUCUCUCCAGAUCACAAAACGCAAUCCUUCGCAGAUUUAUCAAUGCCGAAUUGUGGUAG